AUGGGUAUGGUUGGAAAUGGCCUAAGCAGGUUCAAUGCUGUGCGGAGUCGAAGACUGGAAUAUUCCAUGCCACAUGUUGAACUUAUAGAAGCUUCUUAUCCUAAGAGGAUUGGUCCAAGUCCUUAUCGCCAAAAAAAGGCAGCUAUCUUUAUUCAGAAGUUUGUCCGAGGGUGGCUAGUGCGUAAAACACAUUUCAGGAUUAAAGUCAAGACUUCAGGCCAUGGAAAGUCACUAGCAAGUGUUGUAAGAAACUAUCGACAGAUGAUGACCCGCCUGCGAAGACGGUUUGGUGCUCACUGGGAACCAAUACCGCUGGUGUAUUCAGAGUUUGAAGACUGGCUUGACAGGAAGAAAAAAUAUGAAGUAAUGUUUGCAAAGAGAGAGUUCUGGAGAGAGAUUAAUAGGAGCGAGUUACCAAAUCUCUUCAAGGACUGUGACCACUAUCCUUCCCUGUAUGAGAUCGAUGAAACCUUGCGUUUGAUCAACCUCGGAACGUAUAACCUGCCUGACACACUGCAAAAGAGACAAGUAGUGGAAUUGGCUUUUACGAUAUAUCCACCUUCAGGUGCAGGGUUGGAAGAUCGGUCAAUUUACCGGUCAACAUGGGUGAGACCAGUCGUGGAUGGAGAAGAAGGUUUCAAAUAUAUAUUGGCUGAACACCCGGUCUUGCAGGAAGCCAAAAUAGAAGUUGUUGGUAAAUUGGUAGCCCGUUCGAUAUCUCAGAGAAACGAGAUCCGGAAAGCUGCAAAGAAUACGAUGGAAGACUACUUAUUAGACGACACAUGUCUAGAUGAAAUUACUUCCCGAAAAUAAGAUCUUUGGUUCUUUUCAUGAAGACCUGGUGGCAAAAAAAUUGCCUUUGAAGCAAAUGUUAACUAACUUGCAUAACAGUUUGCGCAGUAAUAUUGUGGACAUAAAAUGGCAAAGAAUCUGGAUGUCUGUAUUUUAUGAUAGGGAGUAUGACGUACCUCAAACUGAUAGCAUGUAAUUAAUAUAAAUAUUAAAUUAUUUUAUCUUUAUAGCCAUUAAAAUGUUCAUGACCCAAACAGAUAACAAAUUGGAAUUGCAACCACAAACUAAGUUCCCACAAGGCAGAAGAUACUGGCAGAGGUGGGUUGUCCCAUAACAAUAGAAAAUUUGGAGAAAUAUUUUAAAUCUUGUUUUGCCAGUCUUAAUAAUAAAGCUGAUACAUACAAAAUUA